AUUAAAUAGUGGGAAGGUACUGAAAACGACAGAUGUUACAAGUGAACCUAUAUUUUAAAAUUACAUUACAACGUUGUAUUCUAUCGCAGCAUGUUGCUUGCAUUAUUCUUGCAAGUAGUCGCUGUAGCGGCUAUCCCCUCCCCUCCAUUGUCUGACACAGGGUUAAACAGCUCUAGAGCUCUCCAUGGAUACCGUGCGUCUUUCAAACACAAAUAUGUCGUGCGCAGCGGUUCAAUCCAUGACCACAAGCCUUCCGAGCCCAGCAUUCCCAUAGACGCAACACAGCACACCAGUGCCACAGCUCAUGAAAAGGCAGCUUUGAUCGUCAGUCUGAUGACGCGUCACAUGCCGAAUGACGUGUUUCAUGGGCUGACAACGUCACAUGGUGUCGGGGUGUUUACAACCAGCGACAAAUUGACAGCUUUCCCAGAGAACGCCAAUUUAGCUGACACGUCGGCGUGCCGUGGUACAUGUGCUGGGAGCUGCUCACAUACGUGUACGUUUGACGGACGCAAGUACGAAUCGCUCGCCGCCCUGUCCAAUUCUCGAAGCGUGGUAGUUGACCACAACGUUCUCUGUGACAGCCACGACGGAUACGGCCACAAGGAAAAUCUUCUGGUACACGAGUUCGGCCAUCUCACCAUGGCGUACAUGCCCGGUACUUGGAGAAAUAAGAUCAUCGCAGCAUACGAUCACGCCAAAGCCCACCGUCUAUGGACGUUGAACACGUACGCCAUGGCCAACCACAACGAGUACUGGGCAGAAGCCACUUCCUCUUUCUUCAUGUCAAUCAAGAGAACUGACGUCACAGGAGGAAUGGACAUGUGUGGUACGUCUCAGCCGUGUCCGUCAGAGCAGGCGUCUCGCAACUACAUCAAGCACCAUGACCCUCAACUGUACGCCGCCCUAGAGUACGCCUACACCAACAACCGCCCCCAAAUCGCUAGUCACCUCAAGCCGUGUCAGUAGUUGUCGGGAAACUACAACUUCUGAAAGCGUGUUAGAUUGCAUUUCUUAAAUGUACUUCUCAUUUGGAAGUAAAACAAGGCUCGCCUGGAUAUAUGGUCGACGGUUAAAGGGUACAGAAAUAAAGCUACUUAUCAGA